UGCAUACCUCUGCUUUUUAUUUGUAUUGUAUAUUGACUGUAGGUCUGCAUGGACCCGAUUUAAGGUUCCUUCAUAGGAACUGAGUCUAAAAUGAAGUUAUGGGACGUUCUGGCCACGUGUUUCUUGCUGCUGAGCACCGCCUCCACGAACCCGCUGUUCCAAAACCUGCAGUCCGCAAAGACGUCGCGUUUCUCGGAGCCGCUCCAUGAUGCGCCGUUGCUGCUGCUGGAUAAGGUCGAGUCUGAACCCAAAUCAAAAUCUGAAUCUGAAUCUGGAAGUCUGCAAGAAUCCUCAAACGAAGAGAAAUACGAAAUGACAGAGCCAUACCCGGAGCAGUUCGAGGAUGUGAUGGAGUUCAUCGAGGCCACCAUCCGGAGGCUGCGGCGGUCGCCGGAGCGUAGUGCCGGCUCCCGAGGCAGGAGGGAGCGGGAGCGGCAGAGGGGCACAGCCAAUCUGGGCGGCGGAGACAGGGGGCGCGGGCAGGACAGGAAGGGACGGGGCCGGGCCGGUGGCAGGGGAGGGGGUGGUGGAGGGGGUGGGAGAGGGGGCCGGGGCCGCAACCGUGGCUGUGUGCUCAAGCAGGUCCACCUUAAUGUUACGGACUUGGGCUUGGGGUAUCAGACCAAAGAGGAGCUGAUCUUCAGGUACUGUAGUGGCCCCUGUGUAAACUCUGAGACCAACUACGACAAGAUCCUGAACAACCUCACCCACAACAAGAAGCUGGAGCAGGACUCUCCGCCCCGGGCCUGCUGUCGCCCCAUUGCAUUCGACGAUGACCUCUCCUUCCUGGAUGAUAAUUUGGAGUAUCACACCCUGAAAAGGCAUUCUGCCAGGAAGUGUGGCUGUGUGUGA